AAUAUUAGCAAAUUAAGUGAUGACCUGAUACCUGCAAAAAAGCUAAAACAAAAUUGGGAUAAAAUAAUGUAUACAAUAAUCAUGUGUUACAUACAAUUUGCAUUUGGCAUCACCUGUACGUCAGUUGGUCCGUGUCUUGUGGACCUCAAAAAUAUCUUUAAACAGAAGGACAUGCAGAUUGUCUUUCUUUAUAAUUCAAUCAAUUCAGUCGGUUAUAUCAUUGGCAGUCUUUUUGGAUCAGUCAAGCAAAUUAAUCGACAACUUAGGAUAAUCGUAUUGCUAACAGCAAUGGGCAUAGCAUUGAUAUUCAUACCGCGCGCCUCCCUCUACGUGCUGUUUGUGUGCGGGUUUAUCAUCGGUCUCGGUGGCGGUUCGUGGGACAGYACGUUCAACGUAUGGGUCAUCGAAAUGUGGAAAGACCGUAGCGGUCCGCUGUUGCAAUUGGCAUUGUUUGCAUUUGGCAUCGGCAGUGUUGUCGGGCCACUCAUCGACAAACCAUUCAUUAUUGGCGAUGUCAAUAGCGAUGACGACGACACCAAAAUCGAGACUAUCGACAGGUCAUCAUCAUUGGACAUACCGUUUGCUAUCAUAGGCAGUAUACAAUUGCUGGGCGCUAUAUUAAUGCUAAUCAUGUAUCUGAUUAAAAAAUAUGAGAAGCCUGAUGAGUACAGUGAAGGCAGUGAGUGUCAAAUUAAUGUGAAUGAGACCAAAGAUACCCGUAUUAAGAUAGACUCAUCAAACUCGCCAUUGAAAAGGAUUAUCGCAUUGAGUGCUCUGUGUUUUGCCUCAUUCACAGUCAUCGAGAACUGUUUCUUUCAAUUUAGUCCAACAUAUAAUCAAUACAUACCAUUGCAUUUAUGUGCCCCAAAAGCAGCCUUUAUCUUAUCAAUGAUGGCCACAUGUUUUACAUUAGGACGCUUUCUCUCAAUAUUCAUGGCUAUCAAAUUGAAACCCGAAACGAUGCUCACCUAUCACUACAUAUCAAUAUUAAUAGCAUUAAUCGUAUUAUUAUUCGCACAAAACUCGUUGAUUGCCAUAUAUGUCGGCAAUAUUUUAAUCGGUUUUGGAUUGUCGGCGAUGUGGGCACUAAUGUACUCGUUUAUGGAUCAGUAUAUAGUGAUAACUGAGCGAAUCAGUUCAAUAUUGAUAUUUGCCGUCGGCAUAUUGUCGGCCACAUCGCCACUACUACUCGGGCCGUACAUUCAGGACGAACCAAUAGUUUUAGUCUAUUUUAGUGCCGCUUGUAUUGCAAUUAGUGUAUUGUCUUAUAUUACUAUUUUAUAUCUCAUUUACAAUUCAUUGGACUUG